AUGUACUCGAAAGUAAUCGUUCCGCUGGACGGAUCGGACCUGGCGGAACAGGCGCUGCCCUACGCGGAGUUGGUGGCCAGUUCGCUGUCGGUGCCGUUGGAGCUGGUGCAGGCGUAUGACGUGCUGCCGAGCAACGUGCUGGGCUCGCGCUCUCCGCGGAUCGCCGACCAACUGCAGAUGGGCGCCAGGGAACGGGCGGAAGCCUCGUUGGCGCCGGCGAGACAGCGCUUGGAAGCCGCCGGGUUCGCCGUCAACAUCGCGACCCAACGCGGACAGCCCGCUGACGUUAUCGUCGCCCAGGCCGGCACCGAUCCGGGCGCGCUGGUCGUGAUGUGCACCCACGGCCGCGGCGGCAUCUCCCGCUGGGUCAUGGGCAGCGUAACCGACAAGGUGCUGCACAUCGUCCCGAACCCCAUGCUGAUCGUGCGGGCCACCGUCACCGGCCCCGCGUCGCCGGGAACAUCGUUGAAGAACGUCGUGGUGCCGCUGGACGGUUCGGCGUUGUCAGAACUGGCAAUAUCCCACGCGCUGAGCAUGGCAGCGGCGCUGUCGGCCAGGAUAACCGCCCUGCAGAUCACGCCGACAGCCGACUACUAUCGCCGACAGUUGGUGGUGGUAACGCCGGAGAUGGGCGCACUUCCCGACUUCGACCCGGGCUCGCCGGAGGAAAUGGCCGGCGAAGAUGCAGAAGGCGUGGCCUCCUACCUUGAGGACGUGACCAACCGCAUGGCCAUCGACCACGCCCACGGGGUCGACACGGCCCACGUGGUUGACGACAACAUCGCCCAGAGCAUCAUCGACCGGGCCGCCGCGCAGCCGUCCCUGGUGGUGAUGACCACCCACGGCCGGAGCGGAGUGGGCCGCAUGGUGCUGGGCAGCGUCACCGACCGGGUCAUUCGCCACUCCAACACGCCGGUGCUGGUGAUCCGCUAG